UAAUAAGAAUUAUUAUUAUUAUUAUUAUUAUUCCACAGAAAUGUUUUAAUAGUAGGCUAGCUAACUAGCUACGAAGGACGACCGCUGCUGCUUUCGUCAAACAAACUUUAUGCAUGAGAUAUAACGCAGACAAUGGGACACGUUUUUUGUGGACGCCAAAUGUUAGGCGGAUAGUGGACACGUUUUCUAUAGGCCCUUAUUGGAUUGCCCCAGUGUGGUUCACCUCGUAGGCUAUUGUAUUCACACUUCAAAAACACGGCCCAAAUUGUACUUCAUGCAUAAACGAAGUCACGUGUCACAUUAUGUUUGAAGUCUGGGCGUCAUAUGACUUACAACCUGUUGAUUUCAGCAACAAACGUAGCUGUGGUUUGACUGCGCUGCCCAACAGUAGCCUAUUCCAAUGAUUCUUGUUAGAUACAGCAUCUAUGCGACUUGGAUUUUCUGUUUCCAUCACCCGUUGAUCGUUGGCUAACCUAGUUUGCUGGGAAAUGAUUGCAUUAUUCAGCUAUGUUAAAAAAGAAUCAAAAAUUAAUGUUCUAAAUAUGUUGUUCAUAUUUUGGUUGAUGCUGUCUGAAGCGCCGAUGGCUCGCUGUGUGUGGCCCUUGCCGCAGAAGAUCAGUCAGUUUGCAGAGCGGUACCCACUAAAUCCGAAGUCCUUUGCUUUUCUGUAUGCAAAUAAUUCGGAUGUGCAGCUCGGUUGCUCGGUUCUUGAUACAGCAUUCAAAAGAUACUUCUCACUCACGUUCCCAGGUUACAGCGGAGGGAAAGAGAGGAUUCAGGACCGUCUAGUAGAAAAUCCUUCCUCCGGAGGGUACACCUAUGCCCUGGUAGUAAGUGUACAAGAGGACGACUGUGAUGGCUACCCAAAUGCGGAGUCCGAAGAGAAAUACAACCUGAGUGUGUCUGCAGGCGGUGGGCUGUUGGUGGCCAAGACGGUGUGGGGGGCCCUGAGAGGCUUGGAGUCAUUCAGUCAGCUGGUUUACCAAGAUGAGAAUAACAGCUUCUUCGUCAAUAAGACCGAAAUUGAAGACUUCCCACGUUUCCUCUACAGAGGGAUCCUGCUUGACACAUCCCGGCACUUUUUACCCGUGCAAACCAUCCUUAAGACCCUGGAUGCCAUGUCGUACAGCAAGCUCAACGUGUUUCAUUGGCACAUUGUGGAUGACCCUUCCUUCCCGUACCAGAGCCGAAGCUUCCCCCACCUCAGCAACCAGGGUGCUUUCCACCCCAGCACCCACGUGUACACCCAGACAGACGUGAGGAGGGUUAUCUCUCAUGCCCGACUGCAUGGGAUCAGGGUCCUGCCUGAAUUCGACACGCCCGGCCACACCCAGUCCUGGGGUAAAGGCCAGCCCAACCUGCUGACUCCCUGUUACCAUGGUGGCAAGCCAUCGGGGACGCUGGGCCCGGUCAACCCGGCUGCUGGGUCCAGCUACCAGUUCAUGACCCGCUUGCUGAAGGAGAUUUCCAGUGUCUUUCCCGAUUCAUAUGUUCAUCUUGGAGGGGAUGAGGUGGACUUUAGCUGCUGGAAAUCCAACCCUGAUGUCCGAAUGUUCAUGAGCAAGAUGGGAUUUGGGAGUGACUUCACUAAACUGCAAGCAUUCUACAUGGAAAGCCUCAUUAAUAUCACCGGUUCUUUGAAGAAGACAUCCAUUGUCUGGCAGGAGGUGUUUGACUACCAUGAAAAGCCCAAGCUCCUGUCAGUGGUGGAGGUGUGGAGAGGGGGUUGUUACCUGUGCAAGAUGAGGAAGGUGACCCGGGCGGGGCUGCGGGCCAUCCUGGCCUCGCCCUGGUACCUGGACCAGCCCGGCCCAACCCACGACUGGUCCCCAUACUACAACGUGCGCCCGCUGGCAUUCACCGGUUCUGAGCAACAGAAACAGCUGGUGAUUGGUGGAGAGGUCUGCAUGUGGGGGGAGUAUGUGGACGCCACCAACUUGGCACCCAUGCUGUGGCCGAGGGCGAGCGCAGCAGCGGAGAGGCUCUGGAGCGAUGAGGAGCAGACCUGCUCUGUGUCUGAUGCCUUCCCCCGCCUGGCUGAGUUUCGCUGCAGGCUGCUGAGGCGUGGGGUCCAGGCAGGCCCUCUGUCGGUGGGGCACUGCCGACAGGAGUACCAGGACGUAUGAAGGCGAAAUGAGGAGAGGGCCAAAGAUGGACCCAUGCGGGACAACAAGAGAAUAAGCUUAUUCACAAAGUUCUGUGUGAUUCAAUAUGGCUACUUUGGAUGGGUUUUCCUCUGGUCCAAUGGCAGUAUUAAUAUCAUGUGGCCAGGUGAAACCUCUUUACCUGAUCUGGAGCCUUUGCUCAUGAUGGAUGCCAUGCAAUAGCCCCUGGGAUUUUUGGGUGUGGUUCUCCUGAUUUCACAAAGGGCUGUGUGGGCCUUGCAUGCAAUGUGCUCUGUAAAUGCAGGAUUUUAUCAUUAAAUUGCAGUUUUUUAAGUUACUUAAUUCUCCAGUAACUCCUGUCUUUCUACACCAAGUUUUUAAAAAGCAUUGGUCAUAUGAAAAUGGUCUUCCAACCUAAAACUUCAGCUGUCACAAUCACCCCAGUGUAACCUCCCCUGACCACACACACACACACACACUCACAGACAUGUACUCAUAGGUAGUAAAAACACACUGCAGCACAUCAUAAAAAAUAAAUCCCACUCUUUGACAGGAGUUGGAAUUCAGGGAGCUUAUGUACUGGAGGAUAGGUACUUUAUUACCCUGAAAACUGACAAGAAAGACAUACAGCAAAGCAGUGAACUUACA